AUGAUGGACGAUCUCUCGAUGCAUUUUGCUACAACCCCCGUCCUAUAUCGUGUCUUGACUGCGAAUUCUAAUCGCCGAGACUCUGCCGUUAUGGGUAUGGUACUAGGUGCUGUAUUAGUAUUUCUUGUAACAUUCCAUGUGAUGACCGAUGAGCUGCUCGUCCACUCGGUCUCAUUUCCGGACGCUGCCGGGCUCAGCUACCCGACGACAGAUCUGGGGAAUACGAUUUUCAACCUUGGGUAUUGGCUUUGGAUAGUUGACCAGUGGGCGUGUGGGUUCUUGACAAAGGCGCGAGAAGCAAUAGGUCUUCCCUAUGCUUUUAUACUAGAGCUUCACGGGUGGUGGCAUAUCUGUACUGGAAUUGGGGCCUACACCUUUGUCGCUGUUGUAGACCAUCUGGUCUCCGGUGAGAACCUAAGCCAGCAGUCGUUCGCCUGGCCUGCUUCCUGGGCAUCGACGUCAAUUUUCGCCGGACGAGAACCUGUGGACAAGGUUAACGAGAAACAAAAGUGA